UUUCAUCCAAAGUUGAUCUUUUAGGAAAUGGGCGAACACAAUAAAAUAUUACCUCGUCCUAUUUUUCGUCGAGACGUCAGCUGGGACCCUUUCCCCAACUGGACGCAGCCCAGUCGCAUCUUCACCCAGGAUUUUGGUCUUCCUCCGUUCCUGGAGCCCAGUGAUCUGGACUGGUUGGACUGGGCCAGGAGGAGGCUGGCGUCCUUCUCGUGGCCGGCCCACGCGCAAACCCCUCUCCUGCCUGUGUUCAGUGGUCAGAACCCUGCGGCCGGUGACCACAGGAGGCCCAGACAAGCGGCCGGAGCGAUGUCAGAGGUCCGAACGGGUCAACACAGCUGGAGGAUUCAGCUGGACGUCAACCAUUUCACACCUGAAGAGAUCACAAUAACAACAAAGGACGGAUACCUGCUGAUAUCAGGAAAUCAUGAAGAAAAACAAGACGAGCACGGAUUAGUUUCAAGAUGCUUCACACGCAAAUAUAAGCUGCCCCAGGGGGUGGACCUCCAGCAGAUCACCUCCUCCUUGUCCUCUUCUGGCCUUCUGUCUGUGGAGGCUCCGGUCCCAGGGUCGACCGUCAUCUCUUCAGCCUCUGAGGUUGUCAUACCUGUUCAGAUCCGACAGAUGGAACCUGCAGAGAAAUGAGCGACAAGCAGAAGACGAAGCCGACAGAAUGGAGCUGCAGGUGUUUGGAGUUGGUC